AUGUCUCGACUAGGACAGCUCAUCCCCCUCGUCAUCACCCUCCUCGUCCUCGGCGCCAUCGCCUGGGUCUGCUGGCAGGUCUACCUCUCGGUCGUCAAGAUCCAGGGCGCCGCCUCGGAGCGCAUGGGCAAGAAGAACGUCGUCUUCACCAAGGACGGCGUCCGCGUCGGCGUCAAGCACGUCGCCAACGAAAAGUACGUCGACCAGACCCAGAGCUGGGUCGUCAAGGCGUGGAACCUCGGCGGCGGCAAGAUCGAGGACAAGUCGGGCAAGAAGAAGUGA